CCUAUUUGUGCCUCUCUGCAUCAUAGAAGAGACACAUUGGCCUUUUCUUGUCCGCUGGAUUGAAAAUUGCAGCUCAUGGUUUUUUUCUUUCCGUCGAGACCUUUUUGUGUGUCUCAGUGAAAGUGGUGUGCAGCCUGCAGCUUUUGAGAAGGAGAUCUGCAAACUGGAUAGCCAGGGCUGCAUUGUCUGUCUUCAUGACCCCUGCUGUGUAGAGGUUUUAUCUCUUCCCUUUCUCGUCUCUUUUUCAUUUAUUAAACCCAAUUCUGAGGCCAGCCAUGUUUGGUACAGAAUCGUCAUUGAGCAUGUUUCUGAACACAUUAACCCCUAAAUUCUAUGUUGCUCUGACUGGCACGUCCUCUCUAAUCUCGGGGCUGAUAUUGAUAUUUGAGUGGUGGUAUUUUCGGAAGUACGGAACGUCAUUCAUUGAGCAAGUAUCUGUGAGUCAUUUGCGCCCUCUAUUGGGAGGGGUUGACAAUAACACUCCAAGCAACUCAAACACGAGUAAUGGCGAUACUGAUUCCAGUCGACAAAGUGUUUCAGAAUGUAAAGUCUGGCGAAAUCCAUUAAAUCUGUUCAGAGGAGCGGAGUAUAACAGAUACACAUGGGUGACAGGACGAGAACCCCUGACAUAUUAUGAUAUGAAUCUUUCAGCACAAGAUCAUCAAACAUUCUUCAUAUGUGAUACAGAUCACAUGCGGCCAGCAGAUGCAAUAAUGCAAAAGGCCUGGAGAGAAAGAAACCCACAAGCCAGGAUUUCUGCUGCUCAUGAAGCUUUAGAAUUGAAUGAAUGUGCCACUGCAUUUAUUCUUCUGGCAGAGGAAGAAGCAACAACUAUUGUUGAAGCGGAAAAGCUGUUUAAGCAGGCGUUAAAGGCGGGGGAAGGCUGUUACAGGCGUAGCCAACAACUUCAGCACCAUGGAACGCAGUAUGAAGCACAGCACAGACGAGACACCAAUGUACUUGUGUACAUUAAGAGAAGAUUGGCAAUGUGUGCCCGGAAGCUGGGCAGGACGAGAGAAGCAGUGAAAAUGAUGAGAGAUUUAAUGAAGGAAUUCCCACUGCUCAGUAUGUUUAAUAUUCAUGAGAACUUGUUAGAAGCACUGUUGGAACUCCAGGCGUAUGCAGAUGUGCAAGCAGUUUUAGCAAAGUACGAUGAUAUAAGUUUGCCAAAAUCUGCCACAAUAUGCUAUACAGCUGCCCUACUCAAAGCAAGAGCAGUAUCCGACAAAUUUUCUCCGGAAGCUGCAUCGCGGCGUGGGCUCAGUACAGCAGAAAUGAAUGCUGUAGAGGCCAUUCACAGAGCAGUAGAAUUUAAUCCACACGUGCCAAAAUAUCUUCUAGAAAUGAAAAGUUUGAUACUGCCUCCUGAACACAUCCUGAAGAGAGGAGACAGUGAAGCAAUUGCAUAUGCUUUCUUCCACCUUCAACACUGGAAAAGGGUCGAGGGAGCAUUAAAUCUCUUACAUUGUACGUGGGAAGGGACAUUCAGAAUGAUCCCUUAUCCGCUGGAAAAAGGUCACCUUUUUUACCCAUACCCCAUCUGUACAGAAACAGCGGACAGAGAAUUACUGCCAUCAUUUCAUGAAGUUUCAGUUUACCCAAAGAAGGAACUUCCUUUCUUCAUCCUAUUCACAGCUGGCUUGUGCUCUUUCACAGCCAUGUUGGCCCUCCUCACACAUCAGUUUCCAGAACUCAUGGGAGUGUUUGCAAAAGCAUUCCUGAGCACUCUUUUUGCCCCUUUAAAUUUUGUAAUGGAGAAAGUGGAAAGCAUCCUUCCUUCCAGCUUGUGGCACCAACUCACCCGGAUUUGAGACUCUCGCAUCACUACAAGACUGCCAUGACCUCUAACCUGCCAACAACAACGCAUGAUCAAAAGGGAACAGUUAAUUAAAAAUGAAUGGACUGUCUGUUCUCAUAUACAAACUUUUUUUGUUGCAAAAGACAAAAGAAAAAAAUGUUCAGUUCAAUUUUACUUUGCCUUCAGAAAACACAACUAGUUGAAGGGAAAAAAAAUAAACUUUUGUGUAUGGCGAAA